AUGCUGGGCUCGUUGACGGAAGGGCAAGUAAGGCUCGCCGUGGGGAUUCUAUAUUAUUUGUGGCUAGCCCGGAAUUCGUCAGUAUGGGAGAAGAGCUUGCCACGGCCCACAUCCACGGUGAGGAGGGCGGUGAUGACCGAGGAGGCGUUCACCAGGCUUGGACGCGCGAUAAGACAGCCUCAUGCCAUCGUGAUGCCGGAGAACGAUACACAGAAUCGGCUCAGGUGUUACUUCGACGCUGGCUACAGACAACACACAGGAGAAGCGACAUAUGGAGUUGUGCUACUCAAUCAUGAAGGUGUUUUUAUGGCAGUCACGGCGGGAACACUACCGGGUGCGUUUUCACCUAUUAUGGCGGAAGCUCUUGCGUGCAAGGAAGCCCUCUCAUGGCUUAAAGGGCGCGAUACACAGAUGGUUGAACUACUCACAGAUUGUAUGGAGUUGCGAAACAUGAUAAAAUCAAGAAGUACCGGAACUCGAUCUUAUGUUGGGGUCAUUGUGGACCAGUGCAGGACAUCUAUGUCGUUAUUUACUUAUUGUUCUUUACAUUACAUUUCCAGAGCUGUUAAUACUUAA